GCAUGCACCGUCGUUUACCUUUCCUGUUUUCAUAACAGUGACAAUUUUCUACAAAAUGGAUGAAUCAAACCCAAAUCCUGGAGUCAACCACAUAUUCAGAUUUAUAUAUUUACAUCCUUCUCUCAGUUCAUUGUCUACAAAUGAUGUGGAAAAGCUUCUCCAGAAGCUUCAAGCACUGGUUACAAAUAUCAAGUGGAGCCCAGAGGACGUGUCAGACUUGUUUGAUGCUCUUUUGAUCCGAUUUGAAUCUACGUCAACAAAUGACAGAUCCCAUCUGUUCAACUGGCUCAUGCAAAUGUUACACUGCAUUGAAGUAAACUUUAUUACUUCCAGCUGGAGAUCAAAAUCAAGACAGACACUUAUUGAGUUGGUCCAAGACAAGACUGUAACAGAUGAAGAGCUCAAGAAUCACUUAUCAAAAGAUGAACAAAAGACACUGGACGAGAUUAUUCAGGAAAUCCGACAUGAAAAGUUAAACCAAGUUGAUGAAAAGCUUUUAGAUGAUAUAAAAGAUAUUGUGUCAUCGGUUCAUAAAAAGCUGAUUAUACUCAAGGAUGGAUCAGAGAAGAGUGAACUGAAAUUAAAAUUGCAGAGAAUCUGUGAUGCAGUGGAAAAAACAGCCAAAUACAGACCGCGACUGACUCAGAUGGUGAGCUGGUGUCUCAUGGCUCUUUCCACAACGGGGCGGUUACUUCAGGUUGGCACAGGAGAAGGGAAGUCAUGCAUUGUGGCAAUGUUUGCAGCGUUCCGAGCUAUGAAAGGAGAAAAAGUAGAUAUCAUGUCGAGCUCACCAGUUCUAGCAGUGAGAGAUUUGGAUGACUGGAAAGAAUUUUAUAAGUUAUUAAAUAUCACUGUAGACUGCAACAUCAACAAACUAGAUGGUGACUUAAAAAAGUGCUACCAGUGUCAAGUUGUUUAUGGUACUGUGGAAGAGUUUGCUGGAGACUGGCUUAGACACCACUUCCAAAGGAUGGGCAUCUUAGAGAAUAGGACGUACCAGUGUGCUAUAGUGGAUGAGGUGGAUUCCUUGAUGUUAGAUAAGGGUCAUCAUGUUGUGUACAUAAGCAGUGACAUGCCUGCUUUGCAGCAUCUCAACACACUGCUGGCAUCCAUAUGGGCCACAGUUAAUCAGUACAGUAAGAUCAACACAGAGACGACUGUAGGACGAAAAUACCCCUGUCAUCAAGUUGUAUCUAAACAGAUUAAAGACGAAGGUAUCAAUGAGUUUUCAGUUCUUCAGAUAGCAGAGGAAGCUGGUGUACUGGCCAAAGGAUCAGUUAGGGAAAUAAGAAGGAACCCAAGUCUUUUAAUGGAAAAAAUAGCAAACGUUCCUGCAGACAAGCUGGUUGAGUUCUUCAAAACAGUUGAGAGAAAAUACCCAUCAUGCCACUUUGCUCUGCACUGCAAAAGCACAGAUGGAGAAAUAAAAGAACUGCACAAAAAACCACAAGGAGGAAAUGAGCAGAGACAAGUAUCCCUGCUGUUGGUCAACGGAGGUUUCUGCCAGUACAUGUACACCGACAAAAACAGUGUGCUGAGAGCUGCAGAAGAAGAAAUAAGAGGGGCUCUGCAUUUUACACCAUGCCAACUGAAGGACUCUGAAAGUAGCUGCUUCAUCCCAGGAUUCCUCUCAGAUUUGGUUGAAUCUAAACUAAAGGUUUGGAUUGAAAAUGCAUUCCAUGCACAAACCAUGCAAAUGGAUCAUGAAUAUGUCCUGGAGAGACAUGGAAUAAUUCCUGUGGAUUACAGCUGCACAGGGGUUGUUGAAAACUUCACGAAAUGGGCAGAUGGUCUGCACCAGUUUCUGGAAAUGAAACAUGGGUCUAAGCUGAGUGAUAUGACAGCCAUCACCAACUACAUGUCCAGUGUUGGCUUGUUUCAGAAGUAUGGAAGUCAGAUCUACGGCAUGUCUGGAACUCUUGGUCAACAAGCAGAGACCGAAACUUUGCAGAAAAUCUAUGAGGGAAUCACAACCUGUCAGAUACCUUCUUUCAAACGUAGAAAGCUGUUUGAGGUUGAAGGAAUGAUUGUGGAGAAUGAAAAUAAAUGGAUUGAGAAAAUCUGUGAUGUUGUUGUUGAACAAACCAAACCAGCACCAUAUAGGGGUCAACGAGCUGUGCUGAUCAUCUGUGAGACAAUCAAAUGGGCAAAAACUUUCCACGGAGCUCUGGGAGAUAAGGUCCCACACAAAAAGCUUUACAUAAAUAACAACAUGGACAACAAAGCAAUCUUUUCGAAGGAUCUUGAAGCAGGAGACAUCAUCAUAGCCACAAACCUGGCAGGUCGUGGAACAGACCUUCAGAUUUGCGACUCAGUAAAGAAAGCUGGAGGUUUGUUCGUUGUGCAGACCUUCCUACCCAGGAACGCUCGUGUGGAGGCUCAGGCCUUUGGUCGCGCUGCUAGACAAGGUUCUCCUGGGUCUGCUCAGCUCAUUGUUUGUUCCAAGCAUCUGUCAGAGCUACAUCAACUGCCUGUUUGCAGCGUUGUUUUAACAAGGAGACGUCUGUCUUUGUUGGAAGUUAUUCUAGAUGUCAUUUCAUCUCUUCAACGUCUCUUCAUGAUGUACUUCAGGCAGUUCCAGAAACGCUACAGCAAUAAGCGCAAAGAAAUGACUUCGAUAUUGUCAAAUGUUUUGACUGAGGAGAUUAAAUCAGAUAUAAUGAUGGUGAAAACAUUAAGAGAUGCCUCAGUGGCCAAAGACCUAUCUACAUACUUGGAGUGUAUCCAAAAUAUAAAGAAGAAGGAGGAAAUGUUCAGUCAGUAUUUGCAAAUACUCAGUGAUCUGUACAAAGACGGCAGCAACAAGCCAGCAGAGUCAUAUGUGGCUGCACUCAAUGAAUUUUGGGGAAUGUGGCUCCUCACCAAAUUUAACAAAGAUUCCAUAAGUCUACCAAAAAUCAGGCUAAAAGACGACCUGAACAAAGCCAUGCAAAAACUCAAGAAGGGAGAAUCCCCCUCAUCAAACUUCCACCAUUACACUGCGUUUGGCAGUGAGCUACAGAAAAUGGGAAAACUUUCAGAGAGCAUCACCAUGUACACCAAAGCCAUAAAGGAAGACCACUGUUGGGCUGCUUUUGCAUACUACAACCGAGCUUUUGCAACUUUAACCCAGCAAAACAGUCAUCAAGAUCCUGACUGCCUCGAUCGAGCUCUGGAGGAUUUGCAAAAUGCCCUCAAGUCUGUUCAGCUCUACUUCGAACAGCUUGGCAUCACUUUCAGAUACGCCACACUUCAAACCAGUGAUGUGACGAGAUUUGACUCACACAUUGCAGCUAGAUAUACAGUUUUGGAGUUUUUCCUAGCAAAUAUUCUGGAAGCAACACAGAAGGUACAGAUGUCUAUAAGCAGAGGUGGAUUUGUGAAAGUGGAGGAGAGGUUGGUCUACUUCCUUGCCCCACCUAUCCAUUUACUACCUUUGCUGGUCCUUUACCUGGAAUCAGUGAGUGGCACUUUCUCCAGAGACCCAGUGAAGAGCCGCCAACUCAUGAGCCAUCCAUCCUUUGAUGUUUUUAUUGAACUCAGGAGUUUAGAAGCCAUGGGCCUGACUCAUAUCUAUGUGUUAGAUACCAUGUUCUCGCUGAUGGGCUUUAUUUCGAAGAUCAUACGUUAAAGUUGGAACUCAAUGGCCUUUUACACCUGUGCAGACAGGUUCAGCAAGAAAUUGUGCAAAAAGCAGAGUCAAUAUUUAUUUACAAUCAACCACAGGUUUUAUGAACUGAGACCCUCUUUCAAAGAGAUUUUAAAUUUAAUCCACUGUCUCCAAAGUUAUUUUGUUAAUGCAGCUUCUGAAUAAUAUUUUUCAUUUUCAGUAAAAUGUGUAUUUAUUGAAAAAUGACCGAUUACAUCCAAUCCUAUGUAGACAAAUGUUGUCAGUUUAUGAAAAAAAAUAUUUUGUACAAUUAGAACAGAUACAAUGCUAUUAGUAAAACAAUGGUUUAUUUUUUACCACUUGGUUUGAAUGAGUAUGUUCUGAAUGUGUUUGCUUGCUUACUGUAUCUGAUUUUAAUACAUAUAGUAAAUCGCCCAUUUUUAUUGAAACACAUACAUGAGUUAUACAUACAUGUUUUCCUCAGACUUCAGACAUAAUGGCAAAACAUGGCUUUUAUGUUUUUGAUUUGAUUAUGUAUUCAUUUAUGACUUUUUAUUUUGAGCAACAAUGAGGAAUCAUAUCUUUCAUUUGAAUUUACUACUAAUAAUAAAUUUUAACAUUGUGUUGCAAUCAGAAGAUU